AAGAAUUCAAGGCGGGAAAGGUAAAAAAAAAAAAGUGAAGGAUCAUUUAUUCGUCUUCAAUUGUCCGGUUGAUCUGGUAUUUUUUUGUCACAAACCCACAUUUUUCAAUAUGUCUGCGAUCGGAACUCUCGUCUUCUGCACUGACUGCGGCUCUCUACUGGAGGGUUCAAUUGGUGAUCCGACUAAGAUUCUUGUCUGCGAUGUCUGCGGAGCUAGGAAUAAAGACACCGUUCCCCAGACCAUUGUCUCCGAGUCCAAGCCGAGCGCAUUCCCGUCUGCUUUGAGAGCGAAAAGAUCUGCGGUCCAGACCUUGACGGCGUCAGACAGAAGAACCGAAGCCCUUACUCAACAUACUUGCAUCAAGUGUGGAAGGAAAGAGAUGUACUACACCACCGUACAACUGCGUAGUGCAGAUGAAGGUAGUACGGUGUUUUACACAUGUGUUUGUGGUCACAAGGAAUCGACGAACAACUAAACGGCAAAAGACCUGGUGUCUAUCUUUUUUUGGGAAUUCUCAAUUGUACAUCUAUGAGUCAUGAAAGCAACUAUUUACCGGCAUUGUAGACUUUUUGUUCGCAUAAUUCAUCAAGCAGACACGGCAGCAGGGGCACCAGAGUCCGGCACCAGCGCAUACUCCAUCUCUCCGUUCUUCUCAAACUCGGCCAUAUCAAGAGCCACGAUAAUGCUGUCCCGGACAACCUGCUCGGGGUCGUUCAGGAACUUCUUCAGGGUAUCCUCGACACCAUCAACGUCACCCAAGCUACCGAGGGCCUCGGCAGCUUCGUGGCGCACCAUACCUUCUUCU